GGGACUCAGUGAAUACAACACUGCGAAUAUGAAAGGACACAGUUGUACAGUGCUAACAAUCUAUUCUUUGUUGUAACAUGCACUACAAUAGCUGUCUUCUGUGACUACAGCUCAGCAACAGGCUAAUUUUGAGCUACGCUUGGAGACUACAUGGCUUCAGGUGGAGCGGAGGAUGACGACAGAGGAAUCCCAUUGGACAUUGACAAUGUGCACAUGCUCCUCCAAGUGGAGCAGGAACAGAUCCAGAAAAGGACUUUCACCAACUGGAUAAAUGCUCAACUCUCGAAGAGAACGCCUCCCUCAUUUGUGUCAGACCUGUUUUCUGACCUCAAAGAUGGGUCGCCACUGCUUGACCUGUUGGAGGUGAUGAGCGGACAACAUAUGAAAAGACAAAGAGGCCGUGGGGUUUUCCAGCAAAGGGCCAACAUUGAAACAGCACUGAACUUCCUCAAGAAAAAAUCUAUCAAACUGGUGAACAUAAACAUCCCAGAUAUCAUAGAUGGACGGCCUUCCAUCAUUCUCGGCCUUGUGUGGACCAUCAUUCUCCACUGUCAUAUUGAGGAGCUGGCCAGCACUCUCUCUUUCAGCUCCCGUCACUCGUCCCUCGACUCUUUGGUCAGUGUGGACUCCUGGUCCGGCAGCCCAAUCCCAGCUAGUCCAAUUCCUGCAGGUCGGACAUCGCCCCUCCACAGACGCUUCCGAAUGUCCGCCAGAAGAGCCCUGCUCAUGUGGGUGAGGGACCAAUGCCAAAAGGUCGGUUGCUCUAUCAGCGUGAAAGACUUCAAGUCGAGUUGGAGGAGUGGAGAAGCCUUCCUGGCCAUCUUGUGCUCUCUCAGACCACAGCUGGUGGAUCUCUCUUUGGUCCGGUCGAGAAGCAACCAGGAGAACCUGGAAGAAGCGUUUCACUUGGCUGAGAAGGAGCUCCACAUCGCCCGCCUGCUUGAGCCUCAGGAUGUUGAUGUUGAAGACCCAGAUGAGAAGUCCAUCAUGACUUAUGUGGCCCAGUUUCUACAGUACUCCAAUGACAUGCCAGCACCUGAUGACGAUAUGCAGACAUCUCCCAGUGAGCGUGCACGAGAGGUGACCCGCUGGUUGCAGCAAGCCUACGAGGAACUGUCAGAGGCGUGGACAGCCGCAGAGAAAUCAAGCUAUGCAGAAAAAUAUCAGGUCUUUCAGAGCCUUGCCGGCAACUUUACUGAACAAAAGAGACCAGUGAUGACCCUCUUCUCUGCUAUAAGACGAUGCCCCGACCUGAGUCAAGAGCAGCGUGCCCUCAGGACAGCGUUGGAUCAUCUGGAGGGGGAGCUGCAAAGAUGUAAAACAGACCUGGAUCGGAGUCUCCCUCCUCCUAUGGAUUCUGUGGCUGUGUGGCUGCAGCGUGCGGAGGCGGUGCUAUCAGAAGAGGUGGAAACAGUGAAAGACCACGCAGAUGCUGCCAAAGAAGCAAGAGCUCAACAAGACACUCUGAAGACUUUAAUUAAGGAGAUAAGCCAUCACUCCAGUAUCCUCGACACUUUCAACAACAUGGAUGACUCUGGGAACAUUAUAGUGCCCCUUGAAAAGUUUGAUGAGAUAAAAAGACGAUUAACCAAUGUCCGAGUCACAGCCAAGUAUCAAGGGAUCAAGUUGGAAUUCAAGGAAUCCCGUCACACCAUGUUGGACCUCAUGGGCCGCGUCAGUGCUAAGGUUGAGUACUGGAAGGCUCCAUACAAAUCCCAAGAGACAGUUCUUCAGCUUCUGCAGGACUGGCAUGAAACAGUGGAGCGCCAAGGUCUGCUUUUGAUUCUGACGGAUGCUCUCCAAAAUCUGAAGGAGAAGGCUAAUGUUUACACCAGCAAAGCAGCACUAGAUUCCCAGUUUGUUACUCGACAAUUGAAGGAAGCAGAAAGUGAAGCCGCACUGGUCACACAGGCUGUGGCGACUGUGAGGACGACAAUGGAGAGAGUGGCGUCUGCGUGGGAGACUUACGACAAGUGCCUUAUCUCUCUACACACAUGGCUGACACAGAAGGCACAGUCAGAAACCCAAUCUGCUGCUGAAGGGAUGCAGGAUAUGAGUGAGUGGACGUCGGUUCAGGCUCAGGUGAACGAGGUGGGAAACCUGCUCAUCGAAGUGACAGAAGCUUCAACCAGCCUCCUUCUGGCCGAGCAACUCAGCAAGCUCAACAAGCAGUGGGCUGAAUGCAUGAAGAAGACGAUGUUUGAAGUGUCAUCGGAGCUUGUUGUUGGUCCCCUGUGUUUUCAAAUGGUGCGUGCACUGUACCAUGAGGCUAGCUGGAUACUGAGACAACCGCUGGAGGUGACAUCAGUCACACUGAAGGCUAAAAGGCAGAAACUACAGCUACUCAGUAAAAAGUUAGUGGAGGCGGACAUGUCAUCCGUCGGUCCAUCCCCGGACAAAGACAGCCUUAAAACUCUCCAAGAGAUGCUGGUGAAAGCAGAGAGGACCUGCGGGGAGCUGCAGCGGGCCGCAUCUGGGCUAGAGGGCCGGCUGGCAGAGCUGGACCACUGGAGCACAGAGGCCCUGGACUGUUACCAGCUUCUAAAGGACAAAGAGCAAAGAGGACGCUCUGCACUGCAAUCUACAGCUGAAGGUUUGAUUUCUCGAAGUCUGCAGCUGGAGAACCAGGUUGUGACUGAAGGACAGAAUCUGAAGGAUCUUGUGGCACGAGUCAAGAAAUCGUCUUCUCUGCAGCACCUCAGUACCACAGUCAUGCAGGACAGGAUCUUAGUGACAGUCUCCCAGUGCCAGGAGAUUCUUGGAAUGUUUAGUUCCCUUGGCUUUAGGAUACCUCUUGGUGAAGCUCCUGAACCAACAGUCCAUCAGAAAAAACAAGCAGAGGCAGGAUUAUUAGUUGUGGCCAGAACCAAACAUGUAGACCAGAUUGGGAACAUUAAACUUCAAACCCAGGACCCAAGACAACUUUCUUCUCAGAUUCCAUCUCAGAUACCUCAACAGAGGACAAGAGGACUCCAGGGUCCAGGGCCUAAAAGUUACACCCAUUCCCAGAACACAGGAGGCGAAACAAUGAUCGUCGUACCCCAUGUCCAAAUCCAAAUGCUGCCUCAGUCUGUAAAGAAAGUUGAAUCUGAGGCCAUGAUCCAGCCACUGCCAUUUGCCCAAUUCCUCACUCAAGCUUUAAGUCAGAGUCAAAAUGAACAACAAGCUCCUGUUGGACCAAGGUCUCCAAAAAGUCCACUGCUAUCUAAACCCACACCAAGUUCACCCACAGAAGAAAAGACAGGGUCAUCCCCCUCGCAAACCCACAAAUUCCAGCCUAAAUUCAGAACAAGUGAGCAACCAAACACUCCACAGAGUUCUAAAACAUCUCCGCAGCAACUAGUUAUGGUCCGCAGUGAAGUUCAUUCAAAGGCCCAGUCAAUGGCGAGGAGCAGGCUGGAGAAGGCCAGGUUUCGUUUGCAAGGGCGCAUCCAGCAAGCCAUCAAGUUAUUUGGCGGCAAAGAGAUUUCAGAGGCCCAAGCCAAGAAGAAACAGAGAGCUUUAAAGAUUCUGCAGCCUGCCUUCCUUGAGGAGUUCCUUGCUGCAGUGGAGGGGUUUGGGGCCUUCUGCUUUGGGCCCCAGCUCCAGGACCUGAUACUCCUUUCCGACUCAGUCAGAAAGCAGUGGGAGGAUGUCCGCAGAGAAAUGGCCGCCUUUAUUCCUAUAUUAUGGUCUAGUAUAGGAGAAAAGCGCUCAUUUUCUAUUGUGGAACGUGAAAUGCAUACUAACUACGUUGUGCUUGAAGCCACUGACCAGACUGACCAUGAUUCUUUGCAGCAGCAACAGGCUGUCACAGAAGGAUAUCUAACCAUCGAGGAGCGCGUUGAAUCACUGCAGGAGCUUAGUGAAACACUGACACCAAGAGAAUCCUCCUGCCUCGCAACAGACCAACUGAAGGAAACAGAUGAAAUGCAGGAGACAAAACCCAGUGAAACAGAUCUCCUAGAUGACAGCAGGCGACGGCAGCUCUGGGGAAACCCCCCGCUGGGAGCGACUGGCGUGCUGGACGGCCCGCAGCUGAGCAACAAUCUCCCACAGAAAACAUGCGAGGGAAGCCCACAGCGAGACUUCUCAGCUGUGGGUUAUGCUGCGUCAGGGCAGCUUCACCUUGGUGAUAUCCUCCGACUGCGAGCUCAGGACGUCCCGACAGUGAGCGAGGUGCACCUGACACAACCUAAUGACCUCUCGAGAUCUGGGCGGGAAGCUUCACUUCAAGACAAAGAGCAGCCGCUGAAAGCCAGUGUACUACACAUUCCAGAGAGCAGUCAACAAGUCCAAACUCACAUCCAGAUGGUUGUCAGGGGCGACACUGUGGAGACCAAGCAGGAGGCAGAGUGGACCGUCAUCCCAGAGGAAGCUGCCGCACCACAGGAAGAGCUGUCCUCCGAACAGAAAGUACCUGAAAGGAUGGUGUCUCUAGAGAACUCUGCAGACCUCAUGGAGUCUGCAGAUAAUCAAAUGGCAUGGAUAACAGAGAAACUGGACCGGAUCAUCAGAAGCCCUGUGGACAUUUCCUCCUUGACUCUGGCUGAUCCUCGACUGGUAUUAGACUUAAAGGAAAUGGAUGGCAAAUUGCAGUCUGAAAUGAGACAGCUAUCCAAACAAAGUGCUGAAGAGGCCAGACAAGAGCCGGAAGCCACAUCCUCUUUAUCUCUCUGCCAGAAUCUCCACAGCAGUGUCCAUCAUGUGGAGCAGCUCAGACAGCAGCUACUGAAGGUUCACUCAGCUGUCUGGUCCCUAGAUCGCUUCUUGGACACAACAAGCGAAGUUGAGGCUGAGAUCUCAACCCUGCAGGCUAAACAGGAUCCCAGCAGGCAGCGAAAUGAGGCAGACCGGGAACAGGAGAGAGUUUCUUGGCUGCCAGCAAUGCAGCAAAGGUUGAAGACUGCUGUGGAACAAUCUGAUGGUGUUGACAGCUCUUUAAAGGCCGCAGGGAUGUCUCUGACCAUGGACGGUGCAACUGUGACGUGCCGGGAUGUGGUGACAUCAUUGUCCCAGAAAGUUGAAGAAAAGCAGAACAAACAAGAUAAAGACAACAAACAAUUUCCUCAAGGAAAGCAGAACAUGCGCGAGAUUGAGGAAGAGAAUACAGCAGUAAUGUGUCAGACUGAUAUUAGGGAUGAUUCACCACUGCAGGGCCAAGCACAGAAGCAGGAGCAUCCCUCUCCAAGUGUGAUGGAAGAGGAGUCAGGAUUAGAGGCAAAAAGGAGUAGGCUGGAAGGAGAGAAUGACACCAAGACAGAGGAGGAUGAAGAGCUCAAUGCUCCAACACAGAUACUGGAGGGGGAAGUCUUAAAAACCAAAAGCCAGAGGAGAAGACGAAGAAGAAAACAGGUGAAGACACAGAAAGAGGAAGACGAGAGUCUGGUCCAGAGGAGAACUGUCUUGUUAGGAGCCCUGAAAGAGAUACAAGGAGCAGCUGAGCAGCUGGGGCUGCAGGAGCCCACCCUGCCUGCUCUGCAACAGAGGACUCGUGCCUUGACCAAACUAGAUAGCCAGCUUGCUAGCCACCUCUCUGAGCUGCAGUACUUGUGUGGUGCAUCUUCACAAUCAGCAGUCCCUGAUGACAGCCAAACCAGUGAGGUAGAAGAUCUCUGGAAGGAGACGACAAAAGCCGUAACUGACCGGCUGGAUCAGUGUUGUAACCUAACAGAGCUGCUGAAGAGGUUUCAGACCAUUCGCCGUGAGCUGAGGGGAACACUGCAGAGGGCAGAAAGCAUUAUUAAUGAGCAAGCCUCUUACAUGGGGAGAGACAACCUGCAGAGACUACACACUCAGGUGCAGGAAACCAAAGCCGAGCUGAACGGCCUCGGGGACAGCAUAGAGGAGGUGCGGAACGUCUGCCGGCAGCUUCACACUCAUCUACGUAAGAUCCCAGAAUGCAUCACCAUCCCAUUCGAGAGCGAAGCUGAUGCUCUGAUGGACCGCUGGCUAGAUAUAUCAGAGAGAACCGAUUCCUACCUUGACAAUAUACACCUCAGCCUGACUCUGUGGGAUGGGGUCCUCAAGCUUGGGGCAGAGGUGGAGCGCUGGACUGCCAAUAAACUAGCAGUGUUUACUCAGUCUCCGUCAUUUCAGACAGACGAGGACAUCAGAGCCUUCAAGGAUGAGAUUUUGACCAGGGAGGAGAGUAUGGACUGUUUCCACCGAAGAGCCGCUGAAAUACAAACACUGCUUCAAAGUACAGAGCCCCCUCUGGAGCUGCAGGUGGUGGAGACCCAGAUGAGGAAGAGGAUGGAGCAGCUGAAGGAGCUUGUUUCCGAAGCCGAGGAUGUUUACAGGCAGAUGGUGGCCACUAAGGGACAAAUCACUGCCAGGAUGUCUGAAUGCUAUAACUCCCUCCAGACGGUUCAGGACUCUCUCCUCAACUUCAGUGGCUCAGACGUUGUGAAAAUCCUCACAAAACUUAAAGAUCUAUGUUUGUUGCUCCAGACCCAGGAUGAGCAGGUGGAAAGCCUGAUGGAGGAUCUGCAUGUUAUGGCCUCCAUAGCUGGUCCAGAAAGCCUGCGGAGUCUGUCUGCGGACGGGAUUCAGCUGCAGGAGAAAGUCAGACUCGUCCACCAGAUCUUCUCUGAGGUGGAAGAACAGACUGAGAGAAACAUCCGGGAUCUCGACAGGCUGCAGAAGGAGAGUGAGCAUUUGGAAAAAUGGCUGAUAUCCGCUGAAGAAAAAGCAGCAAAGAAGGAAGAUCUCAGUCGCCUACAAGAGGAAGCACUUCAACAAAGCGUGAGAACAGAGGCCAUCAGCCAACUUGUGUCAUCCUUACAAAGGAGCACACUUCAGCGGCCUGCGCUUGUGGAAGAAAGCACCAAACUCCUGGAACGUUGCCACAACUUCCAAACAAACGCACUGGGAGGCUGCGUGGAGCGGGACAGCUCGCCUGGGAGGGACGCAGAAGUGUUUCAGGCUUUGUCAAAGUCCACUCAGUCCAGUGCUGAAGAUCAACCUGUUGACUCUCCGCUCAAAGAAAGCAUACACAGUCCUGUAGAGCAGAGACUUCACUUUGCUCAGGCUGUGGAAAGUGCAAUGGCAGAAGAAGAAGUCUUAGUUACCGGAAGUAGUCUCAGUCCCAGAUUGAGUGAUGGAGAUGAUCUAAAAGGGGAAACUACUCAGAAAACAGAGGAGCAGUGCAGGAACCUCCAGCCUUAUCACAGCGUUCUACAAACAGAGUCAGAGCUCGCAUCCUCCUACCAGCUCCAAAAUCAGGAGGCCUGCUGCAGAUUCCAGGAGCUGCAGCGCCGAACCACUCAGCUCCCGACUUUAUUCCCCUGGCCAGGCACCACUGAGCGUAGACAUGCCUGCCUUCUAGCCCGUCAACUGCAGAAUGAAACCAAAUCCCUGCAAUUACUUCUCACCAGCCUGGAUAAACAGAAGCGAAACCAGACUGAGAAAACCAGUAACACCAUCUGGAAGGAGUCUGAGCCGGAGAGCCGCUGCUCCACACUGAUGGCAGAGCUGAAUGGUGUGUGUUCCCGCCUCGAGGAAGGUGUCCGUAAUGAGGAACAUUUUAGCCAGUCGCUGCAGGACUGCCGCCGUAAAUUGACAUCCCUGCAGGAAAGGAUGUCAGCCUGUCAAGCCCGAAAAGAUGAAAGCACAGCCAGACAGCUCACUAAUGUAGCAGCUCUGGAGGCUUUGCUACGAGAAGUAACUGACCUAGAAAAAGACCUUUUGCAACUAGUAACACUCAAGGACUCUGUCGCAGCCAGUUCUACAGCCGAGGCCCAUGUCAGCCUCUGCCAGGAAGUCAGUAGUCUCCAAAAGCACAAGAGGGCGCUAGACAGUAGUAUUACAGAACAUCUAACAUUGCUUAAAGAGAAAAUGAAUCAGGGUGUGCAGCAAGUGAAGGAAGACGCCUCCUGCGUUCAGAUAGCACUAAAAGACCUGGCCGAAAACUUGGGAAAGCUUUCUGGGAAUCAUGAAGAACUGCCUCACAUUGGCCAGUUUAAACAACAGUGGUGUUUAAUACAGGACCGUGACACCAGGUUGACAGUGUUGGCUGCCAGAGUUCAUGACCUGCAGAGGACUGAAGAGUCAGGCAUUACACAAGAAAUGCUUCCUGCAGAUGUGGAUGCAGCUGCUAAAGAUCUUGACAGCCUCAGGUCAAUGUCUCUACAAGAGAAGGAGCAGUGUGCAGAAAACACUGCAAACAGGGUGAAGCAGGUCAUCAGCCAGCUGCAGCAGUGGAGCCAAACAGUACAAGAUGAACCAUCAUCACACAACCAGGCUGCUCUGGAUGAAGGUUUGCGGCUCCAACAAGCUCUUCAUGAAGUGUUUUCAGAAAGAGAUUUUCUUCUAAACUGUCUGGGUACAAAAUUCACAAAGCAACAAGAGAAAAGUGCUUCAGAUGCUCUCAGUGAAAGCACACAUGCACUUGAAAGCUUAUCUAAAAGCUUGGUCAGUCGGGAUCCAAGAGAAGUGGAAUUAGAAGAAACUUUUAAAAGUGGAGGUGAUACAAUGCACUCAGCUUCGCCUCAUGAUACUGCCCCUUCUGUAUCAGGCUUCAGGGAAAACUCUGAUCCGAAUGACGACAAAAUUCAAAUCCAAGGCUUUUCCCACAUUUCAGAAAGACAUCAUGCUUCCACAGAGCCUACCAUGCACACCUCAGGAGGAUCAAAGGUGGACGCUAAUGGUGCAAAACUUGACCGAGCAUGUAUUUCUAUGCAACAAGCAGAUAUUUCAAACACGUGGCCUGCAGGUAGCCUUACCCAAACAGAAGAUGCCUUAGCUCCUUCUAAAGUCCAAUUUGCCGAAAUCCCAGAUACUUCCGAAUCAAAACCCCAACAACAAUCACAAGAGUUGACGCCAACUCCUCCGAAACCAGACACAGAUUUCUUGAGGCCAAAAGAUAUCAGCACCAUGAAUGAUUCGCCUCUCACUCUCAACAAGAAUUCAGUGACUCAGCAAGAAAACACUGAGUCAUUGCAGAAAUCCCCUGAUAUUGGUAAUGAGGUGAAGCUAGAGGACAUCCCAGUAGCAAUUAAUGAAAAUCAAUCUGGACAUGUAUCAGCACAAUCAGACACAUUUAGAGGAGUUACUGAUGCUCAAGAACAAGGGAAACCCUGUAAGGCCACGAGUGUGAGCACAAAGAGAGUGUUUACGGUGGUGUUGGACGAUCCACAGGACAUGCAGCAAAACAUUGGAGCCAGCAUGUCAGAUUUUAAAAGCCUUUAUGUAGAUAAUCGUAAAUCAAGCACAUCUGAAGUGGAAGACUCAGUGUCAGAAAAGCCCUCUGCUGUAGUGCUUUCAGAAUUGAAUGAGCAUAAAUCCACAGGUGCCAAAUUAAGACCCUUAGAAAACUCAGAAAGCCACGACAAAACGCACAGCAAAGUGUCGAAUUCCUCCGUAUCAUGUGACUCUGCUGCUGAAUUUCAUGUCAGUGGUGCAGAAGCAGCAGAAAGAACAUUUCCGGAUGUCAAACAAGAGGAGAUGACAGACAUGUGGCACCCUGAGGAGCGAACAAUGAGCUCAGUCUUGCGCACUGCGGAAGGUUCAGCGCUAACAGGAGAGUCUUUGACGGAAAGCCACAUACAGCCAGUUGUUGCUGACACACCACAGAGCACAGGUACAGGACACGCAGCAGGAGAAAAGACUGAGGAAACAAGUGACCCUGAACUCACAGAGACCAAAUAUUUAAAAGUGCCAGAAACAUGCGAGUCUGAAGUGCCAAAUGUUGAAAGUGAGUCAGAGUUGCCUGCACCACUGGAGGCCACGGAGAUGGCACAGGAGCAGCCUCAGAUCCAGGAGGACAUGGAGGCUGAGAGGACGGCGCAGGAGUUGGCAGCUCAUCCAGGAGCAGGAGAGAUGACAGCUGAAUCACCUGGAUCUGAGUCCUACAAACACAUAUCCACCAUGCAGGACAUUUUUUCAGAGAUCCAGAGCUUGGUGGAAAGAAGUAACAUUAUAAAUAGGAUACCUCACAUUGAUUUAAAUUGGUACCUGAAGUCCUCUCCUGGUGAACCAGAGAUUCGAUUGGUACGAACAGUCCAAAAGGUUCUGGCAUGUCGGUAUCAGCCAGCACAGCUAGAUGUCACAGCUAUGGCCAAACAGCUGGAGGAGGCACAGGACUACAACCGCUCUGUGCUGGAGCAAGUGGCUACAAUGAAAAAAUCAUGUUCUGUCGGGGUUUGUGACCCAAGUUAUUUGAAAAGUAUUGAAGGACAAUGGAGUGCUGCACUGCUGGAUGCGUCAGCCACAGUGCAAGUCAAAGCUGCACAGCUAGAUCAGGUCAAACAGUAUCACAAACAGAUAAGCAUCACCAGAGCUUUCCUGGAUGUUCUGGCUGCUGAGAAAGAAAAAAGGAGCUUAAAUGCUUUAGGAAGUAGUGCCCUUCAAGCUGAAAAACUUCACGGUCUGCUGCAAACCAUGGAACUGAAGAACGACAUGAUGGAAGAGCUCCUUCGAUUAAGUAGCCAAUUGUCGGUCCACUUGAGCAAGGCUGAAAGCUCAGGUGCUCUUUUUGCCCAGCUUGGAGAUGUCCAGGAAGAAUGGAGGCUUUUGAAAGGAAGUAUCAAGAUAGCUCUGCGGCAUGCCUCAAACACUGCCUCUCAAUCCUCUCUUCUUAUAAAAGAGGCUGAAGAUCUUAAAGAAAAGCUUGAAGCUCUUCAAAAAUCCAACAUUUUCACACAAACUUCUGGAAAAACCCAUGACAGCAAAGGCAUGAUGGAAUUAGUUUGUCUGACCACAGACCUAAAACUAUAUAACCAGCUCCAUCUGCAGCUACAGUCCCAGUCAGACGCUCUUGUCCAUUUCUCUCUGGGUCAGAAAGAGAGGACUGAGAUCAAACAAAAUCUUCAGGAAUUGUGGUCCUUGCUCAAUGUAACCAAGAGCAGGCUGGACACUUUAACUAGUAGCGCUGGUUGCGUUUCUUCAGCUAAAAUCAACAAUCAAUUACGGGACUUGCUCAUUUGGGCAAAACAGGUAGAAAACCAUGUCACAAUUGGAAAAAAGUUGUCUCUUUUCCCUGAGGAGGCUCGUAUUCAGAUUGUUGAGAUGAGAAGGUGUCAAACUGAUAUUUUGUCCAGACGGUCCAAGAUGCAGGCAGAAGUUAAAGAAAUGAAAGCAAUAGCGUCUGACAUGGAUAACGAGGAAUGUGACCAAGUAUUGAAGACAGUAGAAGACCUGUAUGGAGCCAUUGCUGACAGCUUCGAUCAUGUUCUCGACACCAUGAAGAAAAAUCUACAUGAGAGAGGGAAACUGUUUGGCCAGCUCGCUAGCAUGGAUGACUGGUUAGCGGAAACACGUGCUAAAAGAGAUCUAUGCCCUCACAUUGAGAAUGUGUCCAAAGCUGACACACAAAAGCUGGAGAGCGAGCUAAAGAUUUACAAGUUAGCCACAGUUGAGAUUGAGAGGCAGCUACAUCUGGUGGAGGCAAUGGCAGAAAGUUGCAAGGACGUAGCAGCAGGGCUGAGCCCAGGAGAGAGCCGCUACCUUGUCAAUAGACUGUCAGGCCUUAGGACAGAAUUAGAUGUAUUGAUGGCUCAUGAGAAAGCAACCAGCUGGGAAUUAGAGGGGCUGGUUCAUGAGCGGACCGCUUCAGAUGAGGAGCUAGCUACCAUCCAGGAUAGUUUAAAGCAAAUCUCCACUGAUUUAGAGCAGCUUCGGUUCCCUUUAGCAAAGGAUACCCUUUCAGCAAUCGCAGUGUUGAAACACAUGCUAAUGGAGCAUCAGUGUCAAGUACAAGACAUUCAGCACUGCCAGGCAGCCAAGCGAAGCUCUCUGCUGUGCUCCAUUGGGGAACUACAAGACAGGUGCAAAGCUCUUAGUAUUCAUGCCUUUGAGCAAGACAAAUAUCUUUACCUUAGAGGACAAAUGGAGGAAUCAAGGGACAUUGCCAAAGAGCAAAUCCAGCGUGCCAAAGACAAAAAAAUCAGAGUGGGUGAGAGGUUCAGAAUAUGCCAGUCACUCUUAGUUGAACUUCCUUUGGUGAAGACACAGUGUCAAGAAGUGGCAGACCAACUGGAGGCCAUAGCUCAGGAGUUAUACACAUCAGACCUUAAUUCAGAGAGGCAGAGGAUCCACCACACUGUGGAAACUUUAGUCUCCUGGGAGAAUUCUGUCACAGAUAUUAUCAAAAACCUGGAGACCAAGCUUCUGCUAGGGCUGCGCCUUUCCUCUGAGCUUCCUGCCUUAAUGGAACUUUUCCAAAGUACAAGACUGGAGCUCCAGAAAGCCAAACCACUCAAUCCAGAUGAAAAAGCCAUAGAUUUUUCCAUACAAAGAUGUUGGGUUAUUUGGAGAAAUAUGGAGUCUGGGAUGCGGGUGUUUGAAGCUUUGGGACGCAAAGAAAAAAUUAAAAUGAAGAAGUACAAAGAACUGUACUCGCUUAAAGAUGCUGUCAUGAAAGAGUGCCAUUUACUCAUGGAGAGUUUAUCCCAGGCUCGAGAAUCCUUGAAGGAUUACCAGUGGGCUGCUCAGGGAGCAAUAGGUUUCCUUCAUAAUGCUGAAGCCACCUUCUUAUCAGCUCCUGGGGGAUUUUUUGACUGUACUGAGGAGCAAAGACAAACACAGCAGGCUCUAGAAACUCUUGAAGAUGGAUUUCAGGCACAUAUCUGCCACCUUGUGGAACUGGUGCCCCAGCAGCCCUGCCUAUCCCGUCCAAAGACUGAGCAGCUCCACACUGAUAUCCUCAGUCAGUUGAUGGUGGGAAGAGCUGUACUGGAGGCCCAGGCUCAGCUCAGACUGGAGUCCUUGCAGAGGUGUGAAAUAAGACAACAAAGCCACAGGAGCUGUCAUGAAGACAUAUGGCAACUUCUCUCUAGAUUUGGAGCUAAGAUUUCAGACUGUGCUGCAGAACAAGUGACUUCAUAUGAAAAAUGUGUUGCCCAACAUAAAAGAGCAAAGCUUCUGAUGGAGGAUCUCCACAAUCUUGCUGGAAAGAUAGAUGAACUGAGAGCCGGAUGCCCAAUGCAGGGCUGUGGGGUUGGAAAGGACGUCGAGCUUGGGGCCCUCUGGAGUCGCUGGGUCUCGUUACGCCGUGGAGUCGGCCUCCUGAUGGCACACACAGAACAGAGAGGAGAGGAAUGGAGGGACAUCACUACUAGUGUGGAGCAGUGUUGCAGCUUUUUGGCCAGUCUUCAGGCUGAUGUUCCUGACUCCUCCACUAUGAGCUUCACUCAAGAGAAACCCCAGCAGCUUCUAGCCCAGGCUGAGAUGCAUCAGGCUGGGCUAGAACAAGAGCAGCAGGCCUUAGCCUCCCUGGAGCAUCAACUGGAGCACGCUCUGAGCUUAUCCAGUUCCCAAGAUCCCAUCAGUCCAGGGCCUAUGGGCAAAACGCUGGUGAAGAUUCAAGAGAAUGUCAGGAGCUUGAAAGAGAGAAACCUGCUGCUGGUAGCUGCGGCUCAGGCGGAGGAGAAGGAGAGACAGCAACUUCAAGAGGAGAUGGGAGAAGUGGAGCAACACGUGGUCGCCAUUCUUUCCCAGCUGGAAGCCUGUUCAAAUCCAAGGAAACAACAGGAGCUCAGUGAGGAUUUGUCGUCCCAGAAAGCCAAACUAAAGAGUAUCAUGGACGGUGUGCAGAGCCGCUACGAUGAGAUUCCAGCUGAUCUUGACAAAUGGAUACAAGAAGUUCAACUGUCUCUACAGAGAGCUGAGGAGAGGGUCACAGUGAGGAGCAGCCCAGUUCACCAACUGGCAAGUCGAGUGGUGGAAUUGGUUUCUGGCCUGGAGAAAGUGAAAGCCCUACUGGAGCAGAGAAGUAAAACAGUCAAUGGGGCUAAAAAUGUGCUCAAGCGUGUGUGGGAUGAGCUGGAUGCAUGGCACAGCCGCUUGAUGCUCCUGGAGAGCGAGAUGCAGGAUCUUGCGGAGGAGCAGCCAGAUCAAGCCCACCUCCUCAUGGACCAACUCACACAGCCUCUGCAGCUCUACCAAAACGCAGCGCAGAUGGCGGAGCAACGCACUACCUUCCUCAGCAAGAUCCCUGCCUGUCUCCAGGAGUUUGAAGAUAUUCUGUAUAGUGCCACCUGCUGGAUGGAUGAAGCCCAGUCAUGGCUUAAUGCUCCCUGCUCAUUCACUACAGCCAGAAGCCUCCAUAAUCAUGCAAAAGCCCUGCAGCUGGUCCUGGAUGACUCUGAGAGGAUAAGAGACACCCUGCAGGGUUUUAAAUCAGUGCUGGCUGAGAUCUCUGCAGUGUGUGACAUCAGCAUCCAGGAGAACAGGCUGGACCAGAAUGACCAACAAGUUCACACAAUGCAACGCAGCGUCCUGGAGCCGCUGAAGCAGCUGUUGCAGGCUGUUGGGGUGGUGGAGGCCAUGGAAGCUGAGCUAAAGGAGAUGGAGAAGAAUAUCCCGAAGAUCCAAACGAUUUUAUCCUCAAUGGAUAACUCCAGCAUCACUGUGACAGAGCAUCUCCACAACCUGCAGGUGAUCCUGGCCAACGUGCAGUCGAUGCAGAGGACGCUGGAGGAGAUGGAGCAAUGCAAACCAGAGCUUCACCUCCCACAGGGAACAGAGGAGAAACUGGUGAUCUUCUCCAAAGCUAGACAGCUCCUGAAGAAGCUCAAAGAGUUGGAACAUCUCACCCAGCAAGAAGCCUUACUGCAGGAGAACAAGAUUGGGGAGGAGGAGGAAAGCAGUAAAGAUCUUGGCAUCACUACAACCUUCAACUCUCUUGAAGACUUUCAGCAACAGGACAGAUCUCCACAAAUAAGUCUCGCCCAGCAGGAGGAUUUUGAGGUGUCUUAUUCAGAGGAAGAGGAGGAUGAGGAAGACGAGCAUUGUCUCUCGUCGUCCUCUGACACACUAACAUGCAGUAUUCCAGAGGACCCAGACGUCACAUUCAAGCCUACAGACGUGCAAAUCGAAGAUGCAUCUGAUUCUAAGCCUCUCGCUGAUACUGAGGCACUGCAGAAUCUGUCUGAUCAGUUUUGUUCUGUGGAGGCUUGGCUUGAGACCGAAGAGUUUGAAUCGGAGUACUCUGAGACUGGAUUAACAACAAUGGAAACCAGUCUAGAUCCCGAAGCUGAUUCUGGUGAAAUAUCCAGACUCAAAACUGUGACAGAGACAGCUGAGCCACUAAUCGCUGCAGCUGCUACACUGGACCCACACAGAUCUCAAAAUAAUGAAGCUAUCAUCACUGAACCUCACACACAGUCCCGUCAGACAGCUGAAGACACAAGACUCAUACCUGCAAGACCUAGAACUCCAUUCAGUGCCAUGAGAGCAUCAGUCGAGUUCAUAGAGGUUGAAGAUAGAAAUUUGUCCCCACCUUCCCAUCAAGGUCUGGACACUUUUAAUGGGCAGAAGGGGCAAAGUGAAGUCACCACCAGUCAUCCCAGUGUAGUAGAAGAAUCCCUGUGUGCCCAACAGGAGCCCUCAGAGGUGCCAAUCAGAUCGGCCGGACACGAAGAAGAUGACGAGGAGCAGCAAAGGUGGAGUCGACUUCAUACCCAGAUCUCUCAGAAACUGACCACUCUGAAAAAGGUUCAGGAGGAGCGUCAACCUCUCAUCAACUCAGGUGAUGGAGGCAAUGGAAAGGUUCCAGAAAGAGAGCUGGUGUCGACAGGAUCUGCUUCUGCUGUUCUGCAGCGUGUGCACGAGUCCAUCGCCAUGCUCAGACAAAUAGUGAGGUCUGCAGAUGCUUCACAUCCAGAUGUAAAGGAGGAGUUUUACGAGGCUGUUCGUGGGGUCCUCCUCUGUCUGGAUGCUUUGACCGACCUACUGCUGACUCCUGGUGGAGCCGGUGAAGAAGACGCCCAGCUGAGGCUACUACAGCAGGAGUGUGUAUCAACUGAGCUGGUGACUGUGGCUGACCUGCUGAGAAACGUGGAGUCAGACACCAGGCCUGCAUUUUUAAGGGAAGAAGCAGAUGCUCUCCUCUGUUUGACCUCCCUUCAGCAAUGUCUACACACUGCCCAGCUGGUCUUCAAUUCAUCCCAGAAUCAGCUUAGUGAACAUCUGGGCAUCAAAAACCAACAUCAGGAGCUCUUCUCUAACCAGCCAUGUAUUUUGGAGGAGCUUGAGCUGGGACAGAGUGAGAUGUUUCCCACUCUAAAGGAAGCUCCCAGUUUGCAGCAGUGUGUGCUGGGCAGACAUCUGAGACAGAGACCAGGGGAAAAAGCCAAGCUACAGCAGGCAGCGCAGUCCUUGCUUCAGGGGAUAACUCGCCUCCUGGAACUGGGUGAAGAAUGCGUAACAGGAGGGCAGAUAAGACGGGUUCACAACCGCAGCCAACUUCAAGCCACUCUCUGUAGACAUAAGAAGCUCCUGCAGGUCCUUGGGUCUCAGCUGGCUUUUGUGCAGCAUCUAUUCCAUCGUGAGCCAGAAGCACUCAAGUGCCAGGAGGUUGAGCGGGUGCAGCUGGAAGUCAGGGCCAACGCUUUGCAGCAACAGGCUCUGGAACAGGAAGUGGCAUCUAAAAGGAGGCUCCGGGAGUGGAUCCGCUGGGAGGAGAGUUGUGUCAGACUGGGCAGGCUUCUGGAUGAGGUUGAAGCCUUCAUCAGCAGCGGGGAACCAGAGGGAGAUGAUGAUGAUGAGGAGGGUGUAGUACAGCACAGACUAGGCGCCUGCCAGCAAACCCUGGUCAAGCUGGAUGAGAGCAGAGCUGCUGUAGGACUGCUGCUGGAUCGGGGGAGCGCGCUGCAGACGGAGCCAGCAUUUUCCGCCUCGGUCGGCCAGGCAGGAGGCGCUCUGGAGCUGCGAUGGCGGAGCGCCUACAGGCGGACGGAGCGAGAGAUUCAACGCUGCAGAGAUAUCCUGGAAAGCCGGGUCAGGUGGGACAGAUUCCAGACAGAUUUUGCCUCAGCCAGUGAUUGGCUAGUCGGUGCCAACGAACACCUGAAGACUUGGUCAGAUCUGGCCAACACCUCUGACCUGAACCAGGAGUGUGUUCACAGCAGUCUGAUCAAGCUUUUGGACUUCUCAAUAGAGAUGGAAGCCAUGUCGAUCCAGCGGACCUCCGUAUCAAAGCAUGCUACUCAGCUGCGCCACCUGAGGGAAGCUGAUUGCCCCAAACUGAGAGCUCAUCUCUCCCAGCUGGAGGUCAACUGGCUCCAGCUGACCUCUGACCUUUCAAAGAUACAAGAGCAGCUGCAGCAGAAGCUGCUGCCAGCGUGGCCGCCGGUGCAGCUGCUGUCUGACCUGGAGGACUGGCUGAAGAAGCUGGAGGCCCGACUGAACCGGGAGAAAGAAACAGUCCUGAAGGCCAAAGAUGCUGCUCAGAUCACAGAGAGCCUGCAGCGGUACCAGGAGGUAAAGGCAGGCAUGAUCAGCGAGCAGCUCCUACUCGACUUCCUGUCCCAGUCUGGGCCUCAGGGAAUGGGAGCGGACGUCCAGCCUCUCUGCUCCAAACGUACAAUGUUUGGAGAACAACUUGGCGCCCUCAGACUGCAGUCGUUCCACCUGCAGAGAGAACUAGAGAGCCAGAUUUAUGGAGCUGAACAGAUUCAUCACACUUGCGCAGCCAGAGAGAGACAUUUGCAGCGUCUUCAUAAGACGAUAGAGCGGCACAGAAAGCAGCUGAAUGACUGGAAACAGCCCGUCAGUCAAACGCUGGCUCAUAAGGCUCUGCUGGAGUGGGAGGCUGUUGUGGGGAGAGUGAAGGAAGUGAAAGCCACAUGUGUGCAUGUUGAAAAGGGAGAGGAGCACCCAUGUGAUAUCGCCCUCUCUGACCGGGCAGAGAGCCUUCGUCAUGCUUGUGAGGAUCUUAGUCAGCAGAUGGAAGCUUUGAGACCAGCUAUACAUCAGAAUGUGGAGGAGUGGGCUUGUUUUGAGAGAAAUCUGAGAGAGAUUUCUCUACACGCUACUAGGGUGCGCUGUUCUCUGCAGCAUCGGCAAGCUCCUCUGCUCUCACUGGAGCAGACACAGGCUUACAUGGACCUCCUACAGCAACACCAGGAGCAGGCUGGACAAGGGGAAGAGCUUUGGGCAGCUGUUGACAAAUCAUAUCAGAGUCUCAUGAAGACUGUUGAUCAUGGAAGAGCUCAGUCGCUGCGUGAUCAAAUGGAAGAAGAGCGAGGACGGUGGAAGGACAUGCUGCAGAAGAUAAAGGAUGAAAACAAGAAGACUGGAGAGACACUUUCAUUCUGGCAGGAGUACACUCGUCUCUCUGAUAGCUGCUCCCUUCACCUACAGCGCCUGCGACAUCAGUGGGAGGAGCUGCUGACUUCUCAACAGGACACACAGGCCAUGCUUCACUCAGUGCAGAAAUUGCAAGAUGCUGUUGAGGACUUGCAAAGCAGCGUGGGAGAUGUGCUAGCAUCUUCCAAGCCUCUCAUUGGAUAUGUAGAACCACUGGCUGCGAAUUUAAUCCAAUCGGAGACCAGGCUGCUUUCACGUGACGUCCUGUUGCUGAGCCAGGCGAUGUCAGGGAAAAAGACGAGUCUCCAGGAGGACUUGGGACAGCAGAAACUAUUCAAUUCUCAACUGGAGGCUCUUGAAAAGAACAUACUGCACAGACAGACAGCCAGCAUUAAUAACAAAGACUCUGCAAAGCAGGAUCUCCUGGCACUCAGUGAAUCACUGGUUGACGUCAGGGAGAUGAGCGACUGCGUGAGCCUUAACAGAGAGCAGACACAGAGACUGCACAUGCUCAGCAGGCAGUGGAUCGACAGCAUGACCCAGACGUCUGCCAUGAACCGAGAGCUGCAGGCUGAAAGUCAGCGUUCCAUGGACUUUGAGCAGAAGUGUGAGAAGCUGACAUCUAUACAGGAGAAGCUGGAGCAAGAGUCAAUACCCAGAAUACCUCAGAGUUACUCCAACCUCAAAGAGAUGCUGACUGUCCAUCAGCGGCUUCAGACUGAAAUGAUAAUUGGACACCAGCUUCUUCAGGGUCUUCUCUGUGAUGCAGUACAGUGCAUGGAAAAAGGAACAGGACAGAAAAGAUCUGAGCUCAUGACACAAGUGGCCUCUAUGAAGGAGAAGUGGUUCAGCGCUGUUGCUCUGGCUCUCCAGCGCAGGACCCUGAUAAAAGAACAACUGAGCCAGUGGAGGAUCUACCAUCAUGGCUCAAAACUUUUGUGGAAGCUGCUGAAGGACGUGGACCCUCUGCUGCCUCCUGCUGGCCUCUCUCAGUGUACGCCGCUGCAGCUUCGGAGCUGCGCGGAUGAUCAUCAGUGUGUUGAAGAGACUCUGGAUCUGCAUUCUACCGUGUACACUCAAACUUUGGAGGCUGGCAAACAGUUGUGUGAAAGUAUGAAAGAGUCUGAGUGUCAGAGUCAACUGCAGUCAGAGCUCCAGGACAUAGAGGAGGCCUGGACACGUACAACCUCUCUGCUGGCCAAAAGAAGAGCCUCCAUUAACACAACUGUUCAGAAGUGGACACAAAGUCAGGAUGAGAUAACCAACAUCACAUCUCAACUGGAUGAGCUGAAGAUCAGGCUGAAUCAGAAGCUGCCUGAAAGCCCAAAGGACUCUAAGGAGGAGACGCUCAUUCAGAAGACGGACCUCUCUCUGCAGUGUUUGGCCAGCGAAUUGAAGGAACUGGCCACCAUGAAGACGGACCUGUCCCAGUACGUUGUGGCCGGUGACUCGGCUCUGCUGGAGCAGCAGCUGGAGCAACUCCAUGGGCAGUGGGAAGAGCUGUGUAUGAAGGUUUCCUUGCGCAGGCAGGAAAUCGCAGACCGCCUCAAUGCCUGGAACAUCUUUAACGACAAGAACAAAGAGUUCUGUGAUUGGCUGACUCAGAUGGAGAACAAGGUGUGCCACAGUGGAGAUCUGAGCAUCGAGGAAAUGGUGGAGAAACUGAAGAAGGAUUGCAUGGAGGAAAUCAAUUUGUUCAGUGAGAAUAAGAGGCACCUGAAGCAGCUGGGAGAGCAGCUGCUGUUAGCCAGCGACGAGGCCAAGCAGACCCAGGUCCACGGCUCGCUGCAGGAGGUCAACCACCGUUGGCACAACCUCUUCAACCACAUCGAGGCCAGGGUGAAGAAGCUGAAGGAGACUCUGGUGACGAUGCAACAGCUGGAUAAGAACAUGAGUAACCUCCGCUCGUGGCUUUCUCGCAUCGAGGCCGAACUGUCCCGACCAAUCACCUACAGCGUCUGUCACCACCAGGAAAUCCAGAGGAGGCUUGCUGAGCAGCAGGAACUACAGAGGGACAUCGAGCAGCACACGGAGGGCGUAGCGUCCGUCCUCAGUCUGUGUGAUGUUUUGCUGCGGGAUGAAGAUGCUGCAGGCGGCAUCGAGGCGGAGAGCGACUCCCUGCAGGAAACCAGCCACAGCCUGGACCAACGCUGGAGGACCAUCUGUGCCAUGGCUCUGGACAGGAGGCUCAGGAUCGAGGAGACGUGGAGACUCUGGUGCAAGUUCCUCGACGACUACUCGCGCUUCGAGGAUUGGCUGAAGAUGGCCGAGCGCACCGCGGCCAACCCCAACUCCGGAGACGUCCUUUACACCGUCGCCAAGGAGGAGCUCAAGAAGUUCGAGAGUUUCCAAAGGCAGGUUAACGAGCGGCUCACCCAGUUAGAACUGGUGAACAACCAGUACCGCCGUCUGGCCAGGGAGAACCGCACCGACCGCGCCAGCCAGCUCAAAGCCAUGGUCCACCAAGGCAACCGGCGCUGGGACACACUGCACCGCAGAGUGGCCGCCAUCCUCCGCAGGCUCAAGUAUUUCACCAGCCAGAGGGAGGACUUUGAAGGCACCAGAGAGAGCAUGCUGGUGUGGCUGACGGAGCUGGACCUGCAGCUCACCAACGUCGAGCACUUUUCAGAGAGCGACGUCCAUCACAAGAUACAGCAGCUCAACAGUUUCCAGAAGGAGAUCACCCUGAACACGGAGCGGAUUGAUGGGCUGAUUGUGUUUGGAGAGGGUCUGAUCCAGAGGAGCUCGCCACAGGAUGCGGCGCUGAUAGAGGACGAGCUGGAAGAGCUGCACUCCUACUGCCAGGAGGUUUUCAGCAGGCUGGUCCGCUUCCACCAGCGCCUCAGCCAGCCCCCGACCAUCGCAGAAGAACCCGAGCUCUCCAGCACCUCCUUUUCUUUGGAGUCGAGCUUGGAGCUGAUAGGCCGACUGAGGCUCGGGCGGAGCCAAGGAAGCCUCCCGGCCACACCCACCCACCUGCUGACCCCUCCCCUGGAGCGUUCGGGGCGGGAGACGCCAGUGAGUGUGGACUCCCUGCCGCUGGAGUGGGACCACACUGGAGACGUAGGAGGGUCGUCAUCACAUGAGGAUGAUGAGGAGGAGGAUGGGCAAGAGGAAGAGGGAGCUUACUUCAGUGCACUAUCAGACGAGGAGUUGACUGAGAACCGGGAGGAACUUGUCGAAGCCCCUGAGGCCCCACAAGCGUCCUCUCUGGUUUCAGGCAGUACUCCAAGAUGGCGGUCACCAGGAGAUCCAGAAGAGUCUCUCCAGCUGGAUGUGGAGGGCCACGCUCAGGCUCCACCCGCCUUCACCAGCACCCCUCAGAAGCCGGGCUAUUUACAUCUCAUGUCUCAGUGCAGCAGCAGCAUCGAGAAAGUUAAAAGAGCCUCGCUGUUUCUGGAUGACGAGGAGCAGCCGGAGGACUUUGGUCUGAGAGGACUGUCCACCUCAGACAAACAGUCAGGUGUGAUUGAACGCUGGGAGCUGCAUCAGGCUCAGUCCAGGACCGACCUGGACACCGGUCCCGAGGAGCCUCAGAAACUCGCGUCUAACCUUGAUGACAUCACUUCCUGGUUAGAAAACGUGAUCCCGGAGCUAGACCGCCUCCAGCAGUCCGACCCAGCAGCCAGUAUUGAUGACAUGGCAGCCAGAGCUAAAGAUCUGAAGGAGAUGCAUAAGACGUUUGCUCGCUACAAGUCUAUCAUGCUGUCUGUCAACCUGCGAGCUCCAGAAGCCCCAGAGCUACAGCAGAGGAUUGCUGAUAUGAACAGAGAGUGGAGCAGAGCCUGUACAGGCCUCCAGCAGUGGGACACCAGUCUGAGGAAGACUCUGAUGUGCUGCCAGGAGUUCCAUGAAACCCUCCACUCUCUGCUGCUGUGGCUGGCCCACGCAGAGAGCAGACGCUACGCUGUGGACAUCAGUCAUCCAGACACAUCCGUCAAAGCCCUCCAACAACACUGCAACACGCUCACAGAUCUGCAGGAGGAGCUGCGGGGCAGGCAGGCUCAGCAGGCCUCCCUCCAGGGUCUGUGGUCUCAGCUCCAGCCUGAGGAGGGGGUAGAGGACAGCGACGAGGCCAGGGAGAAGCUCUAUGUGACAGGCAGCAAACUGAAGCUGCUCCUGAGGCAGGUGACCAGGGACCUGAGCAGCCUGCACAGACGUCUGGAUGCUGAAUCUGCAUCAGUGGUCCAGGGUCAAAGUGCCUCUUCAGAAGCCACACACUCACAUAAAGCUCCCUCCACUCAAAGAGAAAGGAGGGACUCUCCAUCUCCGCCUCGCUCCUUCUUCCACAGGGUCCUUCGCGCCGCCUUCCCUCUUCACCUCCUCCUGCUGCUCCUGCUGCUCCUCCCCUGUCUGAUUCCCAUAUCAGAGAGCGACGCCGGCUGCACUGUGACCAAUAACUUUGCCCGGUCUUUCUACCCAAUGCUACGCUACACCAACGGCCCACCGCCCACAUAAUAGUCAUGUACUCAGGUGGGACGUUUUUUAAGAAUACAGGCCACCUUGAAGCACAUGAAUAAAGUAUGUAACAUAUAAAAAUAAUAUGUUGAGUGUAUGAAGCGAUUAUCUUCUAAAAAGAAAAAAGUCCAAAGUCCAAAAAUAGUAUUUAAGUGUCUAUUUUUAAAGAUUUGAUCUCAAUCUUAGAAGAGAUUGUAUUUAUUCUAUGAACAAAGCCACCAAUUUUACUGCGUUUAAAUUUUUUUUAGUUUAAUAAUGAAAAGAUGGAGGAUGAAUUUGGUCAUAAAUAAAAUUAAAAGUCCAAAUCCAAAUAUUAAUAGAGAUAAAAUUAUAAAGAUUAUUAUUUUACUACUCUAUUUAGGAAUAAUCAGAUUAUGGCAAUGAGUGGCAAUGAAAAGACUCAAAUCUAAAAUGCAAAAGAAUAUAAAUGUUCAAACUGAAAGCUUAAACACUGAAGGUGAAAUUGAAAACGGCAAUAGAAAUAAGAAAAGGGGAAAAAUCAAAUAUAAUCUUUUAAGUUUCUCGGUAAAUUUUUUAUUUGGACUUGAAAUUUUAAUCAUGACCAAAAAUAUCCUCAAUGUACCUUCCAAGAAAUCAAUCACUGCAGUCAUUUGAAAGAAUCCUUCAUUUGAUGGAGAUGAACUAAACAAGCCACUACUUUGUUUCUAUGUAACACAUUUCUACAUAAUCACUGAUGAACUGUGUUUUCAUAAUUUACAUUUUUAUAUUCAUAUCUGACUACUGCCAAGCUCCCACUUGUAUGUUAUUUUAUGAACUGUUGAGAUUUUGUCUGACUUUAUCUAUUUUUACGUUAGACUGAUUUCUAUAGAAGGUUUAUUUUUUACAAUUAAACACACUGGUUCAAUUUGAAUGUAAUUUGUAACAGGUGCAAAAUGAUGGCAGUUUUAUAUAUAUGAACAUGUACAUUAAUAUUUUUGUAGCUUUUUUUGGAGUAGACAUUUCCACGCCUCCUGAUGCACUGUUGAAACACUGUAGAUGUAGCACAAUUCCUUGUAUGUACAGACUGUAAUAAUAUAAUGCUUAUUUAUGAUGUGAAAAAGUGGAUUUGUGUUUCAGAUCUUUUGGUAGUAAACACUGAUUGUCUUAAACUCUGUUUGCUAAGAUCAGUUUUGUCAUUCUGCUUCAUGUUCCUGCAACACAUUAAGUGAAACUACCCUUUUUUUCACCCCAUUCUCCUCAAGUUGGGGAUUUGAAUAAAUGAGUAAAGAGUGGGAGGACUUCACAUGGUUUUAAAAAUGACAUUUACACCACAAACAAAUGUCUCACCUGUAUCCAUCCAAUAUUUUUGCUUUAUUUUAUGGUAUAAACCAGAGAGCAGGUAAACAUGACAAAAACAAACAAUGCCUGAAACUGUACUGGCUCCUCCACUUGCUGUAUUUUAAAAUGAUGAGAAGAGCUGAUAUCAAGAUUCCUCUGUUCUUGAUGGUCACCUUUUUAAAAUGUUUGACUUUUUUUUUUUUUACACUUAAUUGUGAAAGUGAUCAACAGAACCAGGUAUGAGUUUUCUAGGAACAUAAAGGCCACUGUAGGUACAUGUACACAGUGAUAAUACAGUAUGUGAUGGAGAGGCAGACAGAAAGACUGAACUGGUGAUAAAGUUCAGAUUUUCAAAGCUGCAGCACUAUUUGCAUACAAUAGCUGAAGUAACGAGUGCAGAAAAGAGAUAGAAAAAAUAGUCUUUUCCUUUUCUUUCGGGCUAAACUUGACGGGUACGAAUGCACAAUUGUCCUAAAAGCAAUCUAGUGUUUAUGAUUCUUCACAGAAAACAAGUAAAAUAUCAUCAAAGUCAAAGACCGACAAUCAUGAAGAGAAGUCCGGUACAGUAGAAAGUAGGUAAUGUUAAGUGCCCUCUAGUGGUCAACUGGAGUUCUGCCGUGAUGCAACGAUAGCUGUAAAUAGCUCAUAUUUUUUACAAUGCAAGUUAGCUAACUCAACAAAAUUGGUUCUGACAGUAAUGAGAUGUUCCCAAUUUUCUGUUUUGAUAUUACAUUAGAAAAUGAUAGAUUAUACAGCGUUCCUUGAGUCCAUGUCCAGGUUAGCUUACUGACUUCUCCUACAAGGCUUUUCUUUUAUCUGAGACAUAAAACUGUACUUUUAUGUCCAUGUUUUAAACUCAAUUGUAUCUACUACUGUACUGAACAGUAACAAUGUAUCAUCUUGUCAUUCUAUAUGAUAAAUAAUAAUGUUGCAGGUCCACAUUUAGCAACUACUGCUAAGGUAUUUUAGCCAUGGAUUCAGUUCUUUUGGGCUCAUUUGCUGACCUGCUGAGAGUUAGAUUAUACUCACAUAUUUACAGUAAACAAAAAUCUUCUACUAGCGAUGGUUAGCUUAGCUUAGCACAAAGAGAAGAGGGGUGUGGGGUAUUUUAGUUUGUUCAUAGUAGAAUCAGCAUUAUUUGUGGUAAAUUGAUCCACUGCAUUCCAGAUAUUACACACAUUUUUCUUGGCUCCCAUCAUCUGACUCUCCCCAUCUUCAGUCUCUCAGGUCUAUCCAAACAGAAGUCAUAUCUAAAUAAAUGAUCAGCUCCACAUCUCAAUGAUUAGUUGUUAGGUGUUUUCUGUUUAAACAGAUCAUGAUUAAUACAAUCUGUGUUGUGCUCUACGGUUUAACCUGUCUGAACUUGAAGAAAAACAAAAAAGCUGUUCUUUUGUUUAAAAAUCACAAAUUUUACAUCAGACGAAGCAAAUACAAACAUUUAGCGUGAGAAAAGGCAUGUGUGGCAUGAGCUCAAUAGAUCAGUGUGAGUCACGUGGGUCUCCAGGACAAAAUAUGAGCUCUGUUUGUAACAUCUAGAAAUGAUUUUAGAAGUUGGUGAAUUUAUGCAUAUGGACAAAACUAAGUUAUGAUGAUAUAGGUUUCAAUUUCUAAUACCAAGUGCUGCAGUGGGAGCUAAUUAAUGAUAGAAUAUAUAAAGUAAAACCCUGGAAUACACUUCAGCACAUUGAAUCGGAAUCCUUUUACAAUUCUUAGUGAAUCAAGUUUACCUUUCUGUAUUUUCAUUUUCAACUAAAAAACUAAACUACAAACUCUCAGUUGUCUAAUCACAGUUUGUAGUGGUUCCAACCCUAAUCCUUGUGUACUUUAGCAGAUACUUUCUCCAAAUACUGAAGAUCCUGAUGAUAUAAAUCAAAGUUACACUAACUACAAAACCCACUGGCAGUUGUACAGUGGUUUUAUAGAAUGUCUUUUCUCUCAAACUGUCCUGCAGAGAGAGCUCACUAACCAGAGGAGAGACACUUCUUAUUUUAGUCUUACUGAAUUAAGUAUUUUCUAAUACUUCUUGUUAAUAAAAGAGGAGAGAAGGUUCAAUAAGAGAUUCAGAGCUUAACAAUAUUUUUCCCAUCCACAUCAAACCUUCUAAUGAAAUCCUUAAUGAACCCUCCAUGAUGGAACCAGCCA